UGUUGAACAGUUAUAAUAACGAACAAUCCUCCUAAUUGUCUUGGUAAGAAGUGGUCAAGUGGUUUUUUCAACGCUUAAUGGAAGAAAAUUGAGUUGAUAAAAAAAUUUCCGGUCAUCUAAUCUUGAAGUAAAGUGAAAUCGAUUCUUUUCUUGUCCGAAAUAAUCGCAACAAUGAGCCAUUAGCUGAAUACAAGAAAUGUCAAUUAUUGCGGAAUCUCGACGGUUGGAAAUCGACGAUUUGGAAACCACGCCUUUUCGAAUUUUUCGGAUGUUUCGUUGACUUUUCCACGAAUGGACAAGGUGUUAGCUCAAGCUUUUUCUCCGGCCCUUUGACCAUCUGGCAUGUCCCUCCAUUCCUACCUCCGACAUCGACCUCCAGGCCGCAAAAAGUAAAAUGUACAGCAAUCGUAAAGCCUUCGCCGUGAAAUGCACUCUGGGCAUCAUCGCCGUCUACUUCUUCAUCCACGUGUUGACCACCAACCGGGCAACCGAGGCCAUCCGCGAGUUGCAGCAAUCGGGGCGUAAUCUCGCCGCCCUCGAGCCCAUGGAGCCCCUCGACGAGGCCACCAAGGCGCCCUCCACCACCCCCCAGAGUCCCGUCAACGUCUUCGACAGGGUGAAGGAGGUCACCAGGUGUCUGGACCGGCCCAUGGCCCCCCGAGUCCAACAAAGGGGCGACUAUUGGGUGCUCUACAACUACGUCAUGGCCGAGAAAAAGUUUAAAUGUCAUGAAAGUGUGACGUAUACGACGCACGCCGAUUAUUCCUUCAUGGAUAAUUUGUUGCCCUUGUUGGAGAGGUGGAAAGGGCCUGUGAGUCUGGCCCUGCAUGCGCCAGGGACGGACUUUAAGAACACGAUAGAGUCCAUCGCCUACUUGAGGGAUUGUACUGAAAGUUUGGUUAGGGAAUUGGUCACGUUUCAUGUGUAUUUUAGCACGAAACAUGUCCCCAAAGAGGUUCCUCGCCACAACCACGUCUUCACGGAGUCUUACAACUGUUCCCUCCCCCCGCCUUUUGCUAACGUAUCCUCCGACCAGAUGUACAAGACCCAGAAGAAGCUUCUUUAUCCGGUCAAUGUGGGUCGAAACGUUGCACGCGAAACGGCCCAAACUCAUUACAUUCUUCCAUCCGACAUCGAACUUUAUCCCAGUCCGAAUAUAAUUCCGCAAUUUCUUGCGAUGAUCGCCGAAAAUAGCGGCCCUUUGCUCAGUAAAAAUCCUAAAGUUUUUCCACUUCAUUUGUUUGAAGUGAGUGCCAAUCAGCAAGUACCCGAAAGCAAGACAAAGUUGAUUGAAAUGUUAAAUAAUGGUACUGCGGUACCAUUUCAUAAGAAACUUUGUCCUGGUUGUCAUAAUAUACCAAAAGCUAAGGAGUGGCAAAAUGCUAAAGAAACGGAUGACCUGAAGGUGUUUCAUGUUGGGAAACGAAACGGGAGGUAUAUACAUUGGGAGCCGAUUUUUAUAGGGACACAUGCUGAUCCUUUGUAUGACGAGAGGUUGAGUUGGGAGGGAAAAAGCGAUAAGAUGACUCAGGGAUACGCUUUAUGUGUGCUGGAUUACGACUUCCUCAUCCUCAACAACGCCUUCCUCGUCCACCGCCCGGGCAUAAAAAUCUACAAGAAAGACCAAAAACGUGCAAUGUUGGCCGCCAAAACCAAUCAACUCAUCAAAAAGAUCAUUUUUCCCGAACUGAAAGUUUUGUAUGGGGUGAAAAAAGGCUGUGCUGUGUAAUUAGUGGUGUAAAAAAAAUGAACAACGCUUCAAAAAAAAAGCCAUAAGAAAUAUUAUCUAGUGUGUAUUGAUGUGUACUCAUAAACAGUGAACGGACUAUUGUUAUUAAUUGUUGCUUUGAAAUGAUUGAAAAUUUUAUUUUAUUAUUUUUUUUGUGUUUAUGUUUCUUUAGGCUAUUUUUACUUCCGACUGACAAGUCUCAAGUCUGACUAUUUAUUCCUCAGAUAGGUUUUAAUUCCUUGUGUGUUUAUACAUAAUUUUUUUUUUGCUCAUUGUGUACUUAAUUUUUAAGUAAUUUAUUGUAAUUUUUUGCCGUGUGAUUGCGGUUCAUGUGCCUUAUCGAGUUGAUGUGGUGAUUAUAAACAUAUUACUUUUGUACUAUCACAAAGCGUGAACACUCAGUAUAUGCGAAUAAAUAUUAAAAAAAAUAAA